GAUGGGAGGGAGAGAGAGGGCUAACCGCUGUCAAAGCGGAUUACAGCGCGCCGGUUGGGUCUGGGAUUCUGUCACUCGGUCCACCUCAGGGUUCUCCCCUCUGGGAACAGCGUGUGUAUUUUUUUUUUUAGUAUUUCAUUAUUGUUACGUUCCUCAGAAAAGAGCAUGGCUUUGCAUUAGUGCGCUCUGGAUUAUGAGUUUCACUGCGGAGGCAGAAGCGCUUCUGCCAGCGGAGCAACUUUUCUGUGCGCCACGGCACCACUGAGCCAUUUCUUGGUGGGAAAGUUUACGCUCAGCCUCCAGCGAGCAUGGAUUUCCUGUGAAACUCCAGCUCUCCCAGUUAUCCUCAUUUCUCCAUCAAAAUGCAGAAAAGCGUCCGCUACAACGAAGGGCACGCGCUGUUUCUGUCCGCAGUCGCGCGUAAAGAGGGAACCAAGCGCGGCUUCCUGAGCAAAAAGACGACAGAGAACAGCCGAUGGCACGAGAAGUUCUUCGCCCUUUACCAGAAUAUACUCUUCUACUUCGAGAACGAGCAGAGCGCGCGCCCUGCUGGGAUUUACCUGUUGGAAGGAUGCACCUGCGAGCGCGUGCCGGCCCCAAAGAUGUCCACGACUGGAAAGGAGGCGCUGGAGAAGCAGCACUACUUCCUCAUUGUGUUUGGCCACGAUGGACAGAAACCUCUGGAGCUGAGGACAGAUGAGGAGAGUGAGUGCGACGAAUGGGUGGAAGCCAUCCAGCAGGCAAGUUAUUCUGACAUCAUCAUUGAGAGAGAGGUGCUCAUGCAGAAAUACAUUCAUCUUGUACAAAUCGUGGAGACUGAGAAGGUGGCGGCUAAUCAGCUGCGCACUCAGCUGGAGGAUCAGGACACCGAAAUCGAAAGGCUCAAGUCAGAGAUUGUAGCUCUGAACAAAACAAAGGAGCGUAUGAGACCUUAUCAUGUGUACCAUGAAAACGAAGACCCUGACAUCAAAAAGAUUAAAAAGGUGCAGAGCUUCAUGCGAGGCUGGCUCUGUCGCAGGAAAUGGAAGAUAAUCGUUCAGGACUACAUUUGCUCCCCUCAUGCUGAGAGCAUGAGGAAGAGGAACCAGAUCGUCUUCAAUAUGGUGGAGGCAGAGACUGAGUAUGUCCACCAGCUGUCGAUCCUUGUCAACUGUUUCCUCCGACCUUUAAGGAUGGCAGCCAGCUCUAAAAAACCCCCCAUCAGUCAUGAUGACGUGAGCAGCAUCUUCCUGAACAGUGAGACCAUCAUGUUCCUACACGAGAUUUUCCACCAAGGCCUGAAGGCAAGGAUAGCCAACUGGCCAACUCUGGUGCUGGCUGACCUCUUUGACAUACUGCUGCCAAUGCUAAACAUCUAUCAGGAGUUUGUGCGCAACCAUCAGUACAGCCUGCAAGUUUUAGCCAACUGUAAGCAGAACAGAGACUUUGAUAAGCUGCUGAAACAGUAUGAAUCUAACGCAGCCUGUGAGGGAAGGAUGCUCGAGACCUUCCUCACAUAUCCCAUGUUCCAGAUUCCUCGUUACAUCAUCACCCUGCAUGAAUUAUUAGCCCAUACUCCACACGAACAUGUGGAGCGCAAGAGUCUUGAAUUUGCUAAAUCGAAAUUGGAGGAAUUGUCCCGAGUGAUGCACGAUGAGGUGAGCGACACAGAAAACAUCAGGAAGAAUCUGGCCAUAGAGAGGAUGAUAGUCGAGGGUUGUGAUAUCCUUCUGGACACCAGCCAGACCUUUGUCAGGCAGGGCUCCCUGAUCCAGCUGCCAUCAGUGGAGCGAGGGAAGCUAAGCAAGGUCCGUCUGGGAUCCCUGUCUCUGAAGAAAGAGGGAGAAAGGCAAUGUUUUCUUUUUACCAAGCACUUUCUCAUCUGCACUCGCAGCUCUGGAGGAAAACUACACCUUCUUAAGCAAGGUGGAGUCUUGUCCCUAAUCGACUGCACUCUGAUAGAGGAACCAGAUGCCAAUGAUGAGGAGUCUAAAGCUGGUGGGCAGGUGUUUGGUCAGCUGGACUUUAAGCUGGUAGUGGAGCCGUCAGACUUGCCUUCGUUCACCGUGGUGUUGCUGGCACCUUCACGCCAGGAGAAAGCUGCUUGGACCAGUGAUAUUAGUCAGUGUAUAGAUAAUAUUCGCUGUAAUGGCUUGAUGACAAGUGUUUUUGAGGAAAACUCCAAAGUGACAGUGCCUCACAUGAUCAAAUCUGAUGUGCGCCUCCAUAAAGAUGAUGUUGACAUUUGCUUCAGCAAGACGCUCAACUCCUGCAAGGUCCCCCAGAUCCGCUACGCGAGCGUGGAGCGGCUGCUGGAGAGGCUGACCGACCUGCGCUUCCUCUCCAUUGACUUCCUCAACACCUUCCUGCACACAUACAGGAUCUUCACCACGGCAACUGUGGUUAUGGACAAACUGGCUGACAUCUACAAGAAGCCCUUCUCCUCCAUACCUAUAAGGGUGCAGUACCCCUCAUUUGAUCGUCUGUCCAUCUCAUCCAUCUGUCCUGACUACGGUCUGAAGGUCAAGAAGAUAGCCAUGGAUCAGUCCAAAUCCUUGGAAUUAUUUUUUGCCACCAAUCAAAAUAACAGAAGCGGUGAACACAUAAAUGACAGAUCUCCUCGUCUCUGCCGCAAGUUCUCUUCUCCUCCACCUUUAUGCAUCCCUUCGCGCACCAACUCCCCUGUCCGAACUCGAAAGCUCUCCCUCCACUCCCCCAUCACUGCCAGAGUCAUCGGUCUUGAUCUGACCAGUCCACUAUCCAACUUCAGCCUCGACCACAACUCUUCCCAGUCCGCUGCCAGUAGCCCCACAUCUGUCGCCACGCCUCAAACUCCAACACCUCAAACCCCAACCCCAACUACUACCUCUCCUUCUCCACCUUCUUCCACCUCCCCACCGCCGAACAACGGUAAACCACAGCAGGAGCAAGCUCCUCUCACCCCAUCAUCUCCGGAACAGAGUCCUUCCUCGACAAUAGAGGGGGAAGAAGUGCCAAGGAUUGAUCCUUUCUGUGGGAAACUUCGACGGAGCAUUCGCAGAACUGUGCUGGAAUCAGUGUCACUCGAGAGAAUCAUCCCAGAAUCUCCGCAGAGCAGUGAAGCCGGAGACACGUCUCCAUGCCGCUCUCCGUCCACGCCGCGACACCUCCGCUACAGACAGCCAGGAGUCCAGUCUGGAGAGAAUUCCCGCUGCUCAGUCUCUCCUGCCUCGGCUUUUGCUAUUGCAACUGCAGCAGCGGGCCAUGGUACCCCACCAGUGUUCACUAACUCUGAGAGAACCUGUGAUAAAGACUUCAUCAUCCGCAGAGCUGCAACCAACCGGGUUCUCAAUGUGCUGCGCCACUGGGUCUCCAAGCACUCCCAGGACUUUGAGAUGAAUGGGGAGCUGAAGAUGUCAGUGAUCUGUCUCCUGGAGGAGGUGCUCAGAGAUCCAGACCUACUGCCUCAAGAGAGAAAAGCUACUGCCAACAUACUAAGUGCCCUUUCUCAAGAUGAGCAGGAAGAUGCCCAACUGAGGAUAGAGGACAUCUUACAGAUGGCGGAUUGUUUGAAGGCGGAGUGUUUUGAGUCUCUCUCGGCGAUGGAGCUGGCUGAGCAGAUCACCCUGCUGGAUCACAUCGUCUUCAGGAGCAUUCCCUAUGAAGAGUUCCUGGGUCAAGGCUGGAUGAAGGUCGAUAAAACCGAUAGGACACCCUACAUUAUGAAAACCAGUCAACACUUCAACGAUAUGAGUAACCUGGUGGCAUCACAGAUAAUGUCCCACACGGAUGUGGGCUCCAGAGCCAGCUCCAUUGAGAAAUGGGUGGCUGUGGCAGACAUCUGCCGCUGCCUUAACAACUACAACGGAGUGUUGGAGAUCACGUCUGCUUUGAACCGCAGCGCCAUCUACAGGCUGAAAAAGACUUGGGCAAAAGUGAGCAAACAGACUAAAGCUCUGAUGGACAAACUACAGAAAACUGUGUCCUCUGAGGGAAGAUUUAAAAAUCUGAGGGAGACCCUGAAAAACUGCAAUCCUCCAUGUGUGCCAUACCUGGGAAUGUAUCUUACAGACUUGGCCUUCAUUGAGGAAGGAACUCCAAAUUUUACUGAGGAAGGUCUCGUUAACUUCUCCAAAAUGAGGAUGAUAUCCCACAUCAUCAGAGAGAUCCGACAGUUCCAGCAGACACCUUACAGAAUAGAGCACCAGGUUAAGGUGACUCAGUAUCUUUUGGAUAAGACCCUGACCAUGGAUGAAGACACCCUCUAUGAUCUCUCUUUGAAGAUAGAGCCCAGGCUGCCUGCCUGAGUCGCAUCUGUUUAUGGCCUGUGGCUGUCAGCCAAAUCUGGACCCCUCUGGGGCGACACACCUGUGUGAUCUCACAUGUUGCAUUGAGAGAAAUGUUUUGUGAAGCAGGUCCGUAUAAAAAGAGGUGCAGAUGAAGAGAGGAAGGGCUGUGUGAUGCAAAGAGUUUAGCGGGAAACUGAGGUAGCAUUUAAAAAAAAGAAUCCUUAGAAGGUUGUAUUGAUCGUCCUUGAGAGGAGCAAGACGAAAGCAUGCUGACUGCAUUGUAUGAAGGUUUUGAGGAAACUACAUGCUCAUCAUUCCUCAGUUCAGAGACCCAUACUUAUGACUUCCUCAGACUCAGCCUGAGAGUGCAGCAAAGAGUGAGAGCGGGAAGGGAGUGGAUAAAACAGGAGAUGUAGCAUAUACAGAUAGAUAGGUAGAGAGAUGUCUGAGCUUGUGUUUCUGUACCCUUGUGUAUUUUCUGUUGCCUGUUGCUUUUUCGCACCAUGUCUUGAAGGGAAAUGUGCAGUUCUUUGUAUUGCAAUGCUCAUACAACUUGCAUGAAUUCAGCUGUUAAGUGUCUUGGCCUUUAACCUGACCCCCUACACUCAGCUUGGCAUGCUUCACUCUGAUGAAGGUGACUACACCACUAUGCAUCCUCAGUGGGCUGGGAUACUGCCUUUUAGCCUUCAAAAAACAACAUAAAAAUAAAGAAAACUUUUACUUAAAUCUGAAUAUUUCUGAUAUAUGGUUAUAUAAAGAUUUUCCCUUAUUUUUGGUCACUCUUUCACUAAAUCUUAAUGGUGACCAGUUAUUUUUCUAUUGCAUGUCCACAAGACUGACACAAAGGAAACAUUUUGCCAGUGCCUUCCACAAAACAUAGAAGUUCCUAAGCUUAAGAGAUUUAUUUAAAGCUACAUUUCCCUUAAAAAUCUGAUUUAAUUUUUCUCUUAGGAAGGUUAUGUAAAGUUUUUAAGUUCCAAUCAGAAAGCAGACAUCUCCCUCUACUGUUUAGAUUUGUCAUGACAUGCUUUUCCAAAGCUUCUGCAGCAUUUCUGGGCAGCUUGAUUGUUAUGGCUUUUGUAAACGGUCAGCUGUUGCUGAGUUCAGGCUCAUGUUUGUAGCUGGGACCUGAUGAAAACCAUAGACAGGAGCAGUGUUGCACUUUCUGAGAAGUAGCUGUGCUCUUCUGACAGUAUGAUCAUCUUUUUUCAUUCAUUUCAUCACACUGUAUUUAAGUUACAAACACAUGUUUUUUAAAACUUUUCUGUCAAUAUAAAAUGUUUGCAGUUAUUUUAUUAUUAUUAUUGUUAAUAUUAUUAUUAUAUUUUGGUAUUUGUUUUGCAUCCUUGGUUCUGGUAUAUAAGAAAUUUUCAAUUCCACACGUAAAAAGAUGCCUUUUAAAGGUAAAAAAAAUGUAGCAUUUCAUUCUUCUAUAUGAAUGAUAUACUAUAAUAGUUGCAUGCACAUAACAGCUGCAUGCUGUGAAUGUCUGAAAGGACGUUCCUUCCUUCGUCUGCUCUCUAUAAGAAUAUCGUCUAUGUAACUGUAAAAAAAAGUAUCAAAUCUAUUUGUUGAAUCUGGCACGUUUGACUCUCCGUGUACUUCACAUGUCAAAUGUGCAAAUGUGUUCUCAAAUGAACUUCCUCU